AAUAUAUGGCGGCGGUUUAUAUUAUGUACAUUGUUGUUGGAUGGCCCGCGUAAGCGACUUACCAAAUAUACGCUGCAAUGCGCAUUAUGACCUCAUAAGGAAGCAACACAGGCAUUGUGAGUCAGGAACGCGAUACGUAGCUGUUGACCGUAUUAUCACGUCACAGUGCUCCUUGUGACUCAUCUAUUUAAUAUAUUAUCAACUUUUGACACGCAGACUGUUGUUCAUUGUACGUUGAAUAUGGAAAGAAUAAAGUUGUUUAUGUUGUUUGCUGUGUUGGUUGUAUAUUCCACACAAGUGUCAGGACAAAGUACCACCGAUAUCGAUAAAUUAUGCGAAGACACGGCAAUAACAUCAUGCGACCAAUGUAUACGAAAGCAUCCACAGUGCGCUUGGUGCAGUCGAACAAGUGAUAACUCGAAUAUUAAGCGAUGUAGAAGUUACACAAAAACUUUACAAGCAAGCGCGUGUGCGACUGCUGACAUCACAAUGCCUAGAAGUGACGUCAUAUUCCAGAAGAACUUACCGUUCAGUUCCCGUGACGACAUCAAUGUUGUUCAACUUCGUCCGCAGAAUAUUAACAUUAAUUUACGGAAAGGCGACACGGUGAAGUUCAACGUGACUUUCCGCAAAGUCAAGGAUUACCCGGUUGAUCUUUAUUACGUCAUGGACCUCUCAAACUCGAUGAAGGAUGAUUUGGCGGAGUUACAAAAACUUGGAGCAAGGUUGGCGGAGGAGAUUCGACAAAACGUCACAAGCGACAUCAAUAUGGGGUUUGGCACCUUCGUUGAUAAAGUUAUGAUGCCGUUCACCAGCACUGUACCUGACCAGUUGAAGAACCCGUGCGUUAAAGCUGAUGAAUUUUGUUCCGCACCUUUUGGCUUUCGUCAUCAACAACCGAUAUCUGGCGACCUCACAGCGUUCAAGGAGAGCGUUCAGAACACCAACAUAUCCGGCAACAUCGAUUCCCCCGAGGGUGGGUUCGAUGCCUUGAUGCAAAUCGCUGUGUGCGGGAACAAGAUCGGGUGGCGAGAAUCGGCUUCGCAUCUCGUGGUGUUCACAACUGAUGCGUCCUUCCAUACAGCAUUGGACGGGAAGUUGGCCGCCAUAUUGGAUGCGAAUGAUAUGCAGUGUCACCUUACUAAGGUGAACUCGAGCGUCGACAGCAACGUUUAUGUUUACGACAAAAGCAAGGAGUUGGACUAUCCAUCCAUCGGCCAACUACGCGCGGCGUUCGUUGCGAAUAAGAUUCAACCGAUAUUCGCUGUAACAAAGGAAGUCAGAAGCCUUUAUGACGGUUUGAAAAGUCUCAUUCCAAACUCGUUCGUCGAUGAAUUGGCCAACGACUCCAACAAUAUUAUCUCCAUUAUAAAGACGGCUUACAAUAAACUGAAGGAGAAGUUACAAAUGUCGCUCGAUGACGACAACAAACCGACAGGGGUUGGGAUAUCGUACAGAACUUUGUGCCCAACCGCUGGUGGGUGGGCUGAGAAUAGUUUAAGUUGCGACCAGAUCAAGAUUGGAAGCGAGGUGACUUACGAGUUCACAAUAUCCGCAUCAUCUUGCCCGGCCACCCUCCCAUCACAACCAAUGACGUUUACGUCGAGUUCACUUCAAGAAUUUGUUAAAUUUAACUUCAACUUCUUGUGCGAUUGCAACUGCUCCAGCAUGGCUGAGGUUGACAGUCCAAGUUGCAGCACCAAUGGUUCCCUUGUAUGCGGAGCAUGCUUGUGUAAUGAUGGACACGAAGGUUCAAGAUGUCAAUGCACGCAAAGCACCAUCGGGUUGUCGCUCAACGCCCAAUGUAAACGAAGCGACACCGCUGAUAUUUGCGAACGGAAUGGUCGAUGUGUUUGUGGUGUUUGUGAUUGUGAUGAAAACUACCACGGUAAAUACUGUCAAUGUACCAAUACUGGAUGUCCGGUCACCGAUGGCAACGUGUGCGGUGUUGGUGGCAAGUGUGAGAAUUGUUACAACCAACCUAAGUGUAACUGCACCUCCAAGAAUGGGAUUCCAUACACCUUGGAUAACGUUGGUUCAUGUACUUGCCAUGAAAGUGAAUGCAUCGACCAGAGGAGCAACAACACGAUGGUUUGCAGCGGGAAUGGGAAUUGUUCAUGCAGUAGUUGUAUUUGUGACCCUAAAUACGAUGGUAUAUAUUGUCAACAUUGCAACAGUCCAUCGUGCAAAACCAUCACCGCUGAAUGUUCGUCCCAUGAAGCUUGCGCUAUAUGUGUUAACGCUGCUGUGCAGAACCGAGAGAACGCCAACGAUUUAUGCCAAGUUCAAUGUAAAGACGUCACCUUCCAAACUGUGAAAGCGAUUCCCGAUUGUUCGGUUUGUACCGCUAAUAGUGGUGUGACGUGUCCAUCUGAUUGUGCUGACGUCGAUCCUUCUGUAUUGACCCCAACUCCAUGCUCCCAAGCUCAAUCAACCGGUCAAUGCAAGGUCUCUUACAAUAUCGUGUGGAAGAAAUCACUUCGUAAUUACCUGGUGUUGAUCAAAGAAUUCGACCAAGCUAUUGAUUGCCCGAAACCGAUCAACCCGUUAGUUAUCGUCCUCCCCAUCGUAGCCGGCAUCGUCAUCCUUGGCUUGAUCGCCCUUGUAGCUUGGAAGGUUUACCAAACUUGGAGAGAUAAGAGAGAAUGGAAAGUUUUCGAGAACGAGAUGAAGAAAUCGAAGUGGACGAAGGGACAAAACCCAAUUUUUGAGGAAGCUUCGACGAGGUUCGAAAACCCAACCUUCCACGGAACGUAGACAUCACGUAAUGUUACGUCAUCGUGAUGCUACGUCAUCAUGACGUCAUCAACAUAAUUAUACCAACAAUUAAACUGUUGGGCCCAUAUAUUGGGUUCAUAGCGGAAUAUAUUUCUAUGGUACCCAACCCACACGACGGGUUGCAAUUUGUAAAUCUUUUCAACAGCUGCGGCCAACUUUUAUAACCUCUAGGUGUCGCACCUAAGCGCUUGUGACGUCAGCAUUUGUAACCAUGACUUUUUAUGACGUCGCGAGAGUGCUCAGUGCUGCUCCUAGUGGUAUAACAUUUUAUUUUAAUUUUGCCGCUGAAUUGCAACUUUGAUUAUUUUAGAUUUUUUGCAACGAAUUUUAUUUUUCGCAAUAACCAACUGUCAAUAAACUGUAUAUUUUGAUUCCUA